GUCGAGGCUGCCUACCGCAGGCUCAAUAUGAAGCAGGAAUGGGCGCCGGAAAGCACUGAAAAGACUAACUGGGAACGUGGACUCGCAAAGAUAACAGAGUUAAGGCUCUCUAAUAUGAGUAUCACCAGUCUGAAGUCACCAGUUUGAAACUCUCAGUUCCUGAAUUGACGAAGUUAUAGACUGUCAUAAGUAGUUUAAAGUUUUGACGUUUUUGAGAUAAAAAAUAUUUUCCCCAUACUUAUUAAUCAUCUUGUCUAUCUCCCGCCCCAAAAUGGUUAUAUCACUGCUACGACUAGUACUAGCUACUUCCCGCGUCAACCAAGUGUGUGCUCGAUCUUUCUUAGGUUUAAAACAUUGGCGGCAGUCGCAGCUGCGGGGAGGUCGGUGCCCUGUAGAGGCAUCCUGAUUAAUUGGCUGACCGAUGCCGUUCAUCUUGCAGGGGAUGAAGAUGCCAUUUCUGUUACUUUUAUCCACCGGCUCAGCCCCAAUGGUCGGCGCCUAGGGUUGCCUGUCUCUGUGUAAGGCGUAGCCAUGUUUCUCCUUCCUUUGGUUAUUCUGGGGCGCAGCGGGUGGGCUUCGUCCAUUGCUUGCCCGUUCUGUCGGUCGCUAUGCGCUAGGUAGGGUGUGUGAUGGCCCCGCUGCGGCCAUUCGUGCGCUCGGCUUAUACUCUUAUUUUUCCGGACUGGGGCGAUUAAUCCGUGAAGACGAGUACUCUUAUUUCACUGUAACUGCUAACAAACUAAUGGUUGUUCCUUUUAUCCACCGGCUCAGCCCCAAUCUUUUCUAAUCCUGCUGCCAGAAGGACUGCAUGAGACCUUGACGGACAAGCAGCUGCUUCAACACCCGGAAAUUAUUCCGUUCGGUAAGCCUCUCUCUGCUGACGAAUUCGUCAAGAAGUUAGUUACGAUUCUAUUGUUGAUCAAACAUCGUCAUCAAACAUGUACUAGUUAUAGAAAAGGAUCCUCGUGUUAGGCUUUUUCCUCCUCUUACGAAGUUGUACUAGUUAAAGAAAAGUAACUGCCAGUUAAAGAAAAGUAACUGCCAGUUAAAGAAAAGUAACUGCCAGUUAAAGAAAAGUAGCUGCUGCACACUGUUGGAACUGUUUUGUCCUCCCAUUAGGCCAGGAGUAUCAAAUGGGGCACGACCACGAAGAGGCUGGUGACAGUUUUUCCCUCAGUUUAGGCUAUCUCCUUCAAGAUGGGCCGAAGAUCUCUUCCCUUGUACUCAGUGAAAAACCAAUUCAGGGAACGUGCUAGCCUCAGGAAGGCUAUUUUUCAAUGAUUUUUGAGGAAGGGUUAGAGGUGUGCCCUGGGUUAGAACGCAGUACAAUAGCCUGCGUCUUUUUGCUAAUAACUGACGAGCUUUAUAUAUAGGUCUAAUGAUUCUUCGUUCCUCGUCAUUGCUCCACUAUUAAAUCUCUAACGCGAACUACCCAGUAGAUGAAGCCAUGGUAGGAAGCCAAAUACGUGACGCGGAAAAGGCGAAUCUUCAAAAGGCAGCGCCGAAGCUAGUCAGCAUUUGGCAAGCUUACGGCCUUUCUUGAUUAUAGGGAUGAAAGGGAUCAUACAAGACCUCCAUAAGUAGUGGUUAGCGAAGGUACUUACACGGGCAAACAUCGGUAAAAUGGGUAUUAAUUGUAAUGAAUUCAUAGUCCCCUACAUCAAGUACAGGGUCAGUAGUGCUAUACUUCAAUUCAUAUUCAUUGUCAUUCUUGCAAUUCAUAUUCACGAUCAUUCACAUUCCCCAUUGACUUCACAACUUCAUGAUGAUUAUUCCCCAGCAUACUUGGUUACUUCGUCAGUAUCUGAAACGGCAUGAGAAAAGUAGGGGGCAUGAGAAAAGUCGGGUGCACACUCUAAGAGAUUCCUGACUUCGGCAUAUUAGGUGUCAAGCACACGGAUGGGACAGAUCUGGAGAACUAUCGCUAAGGCUUGGAACACGACAUAGGGGGAUACUCAAUAUUCUCGUAUUCUACAUUCUUCUCUAUCCAUUCUAUAUUAUCAGUGAGUCAUUCAUUAGAGCAUUGUAAAGCCUGCGUAUAAGAAAAAUGAAAAUGUCCUAGAAGUAUUGUGAUAUAAACACAACUAGUUCUACGUUGCUCCUCUGUAUAUGUUCCAGGGCUCAGGGCUGAAGGGGCCCCCGAUCUGAAUUCUUGAGGGAGAGGGCCUUCAGCCCCGGGUCCUUUUUCUCGAGGGACUGCCGGGCGGGAAGGCUUCCAAACGCCCGACUUCGCACCUUCGCGGCUUCUUGCGCGUACCAUACAGAGCCCAAGCCUCUGGGGCCGCUCAAGCACCGGCGGCCGGGGGUGGAAGGCUUCUGAAGGCGGCAAGGCUUGGCCCCCUUGCCGUGUUGCGUGUACCCUACAGACCUCCCGCGUGCGGGCUCCUCACUGGGGAAGCUUCUUGGGGGAUGGAAGGCCUCCGGGGGCAGCAGGUGGCGAGGCUUGACCCCUUUCGCCGUGCUGCAUGUCUCCGACAGAACUCAGGCGGGCACGCCUUGCUCCCUCUCCUCCUCGCCUUUGGUCCUCAGCCCCCCGGGCGUUUGGUGGUGUACACGUGAAGAGCCGCAAAAGGGCUCCGGCUCCGCCUUUUGAGGCCUUCGCCCGCGGGGAUCGUUACACGUCACCACCGCGGAAAAAAGGGCGCGGUGACGCCACCACAGCUCCAGCCACAGGGGGGGCCUUCCCGCCUGGUACAUAUUUAUAUAGCAGACGUCAAAGAUGUCUUUUAGUUUCCCUUCGUUCUAUAAGAACUUUUGUAGACGUCUUGCACCAGGAGCGAGCCAGAUCACUUCAAUAUUUUGUCAAUUAGUUUUUUAUUCACGUUGAUAGUAAGUAUAUGUUGGUCAGCGUUGCAACCGCUUAAAAGAGUUCUCAUCCAUGCUUGGCAUGCUUGCAAAAAGUCCGCACCCAUGCUUGGCAUGCUUGCAACCCCUGCCUCUCCACUUCAAUUCUAGAUCACUUCAACUCUCUAAUAGUACCGUGAAAGGUCACGCAUGCUUGGAAUGCUGCGCGCUAAACCUAAAGAGAAACCAAAAAGCCCGUCGGAAGCCGC